GCCCAGCUCUUGGGCGCUGUCCUGGGCCUUGUGCCUGACACCGGACUGCGCUCUCUGUUUGAAGCGCGCUUGACCGAGUGGGCCAGACGAAAGGAUCACUUGCGCCUUUCGGGAUCCUCACCGUCAGCGAGCUCCAAGCCCGCCCGGCGAAUAGCCAGCCUGCAGGAGUUGACGACGAAGCUCCUGCAAUCCGAAGGCCGCAGCGAGGAGGAGAUGCGGAUCUCGGCGACCAAGGUCUUGAGGCUACUCCUGCGCGCCUUGUCUACCACUGCAAGCAAAGCGCAGCGCAAGCGUCUGGGCAGCCCUGCUCCGGCCCAGGUGGCCGAGGCGAUUGGAGCAAUUGCGCAGUUGCAUGCGCAGCUUCUGGAAGAGCGCCGUGAGGCCUUACCAGAUCUUUUCCGGCCCCUCGACGCUGAAGCAGUGGCUUCCGCGGCUUUGUGGCCAACAGUCAGGGAACACUGCUCUGCUGCCGUUCGCCUUGCGCUCUUGGAAUCCUUGCUGGAGCACAUCGACGACACCUUCCUGCCGGUUCUGUCCAUGGCCGGGAUUGCAACGACAGACGUGGUUGGCUCCUGUCUCGAUUUCGCUUUCAGGGAAGAGGAGGAGGAGGACUUCUUUCGCCACGUGCCGCUCCCGCGCCGGGCGAAGACGAGACGCGGGAUGAGACGCAGACGGCGCCAGCCUGGCGAAUGGUGGGGCCCUAGUACCGCAGUUCGACUGGAAGGACCGCUUUACGCCAUUCCAUCCAGGAAGCCACUUUCCAAGCAGGAUCUACUCGAUGCUCCGGAGCAGGUGCAGGAGGCCAGCGCGGCCCAGAAUCCGGAGAUGCGCAAUGCCUUGGGCGAGCAGAAGGAGCGUGAGCUCGCUGAGCGCCGGGAGCGGCGAAGGUUUCAGGACGCUGCCACUGCGCGCGCCGCCGCCCUGCUGCUUCGCCACCUCAUCGAAGAGGACGAGACGUGCAUUGCUGAUGCGAGCCCCGAGGAGGCCCUCCGGCUAGUUGUCGUCUUCGCCCGCCACCUGGGUGGUGUUGUCACUGUCUUGGCCAACCCCGUCUUGGAGGAUGCUCGGCAGAAUCCUCUCGAGUACGUGGAAGCAGACCUUCUCGAGCUCUGCAAAGCCCUUCGGUCUCAGCCGGCAAAAGCACCUUGCUGGAAGCAGCUCGCGGAGGUGUUUCUGCUCCGCUGGAGAAGCCUCCAACCGGAGGCUCUGGCUGCACAGGUGGAGGUUCUCCACAAGCGGCUGGUGGCGAUGCCCUCAGCUCUCAGACAGGCCCUUCUUGUGGCCAGUGAGAAGGAUCCCUUUGCGCUGCGGCACCUCAGCUGGCAGCAGAUGUCCGUGAUCCUUGAGAUUUGGGAUGAUCGCCGGACUCCAGACCCGCCGCUGUCGCUUUGCUUCCUUCUUGCAGUCGCCAUGGACCAGUACAUUGUCUGCUUCCCGGCGUCUCAGUUGGUGCUGGCCUGCAGGUUGGCUUCCAUGGAUGAUAUGCAGGAUCUCGAAGUUCCCAAGGAGCUCGGCGUUCCGGACUUCCGCAGUCUAGCGCUGGAGUGGUGGGACCGGUGGCUCAGGGGUGCCCUGAGCAACUGGAUCACCGGCUGGGGAUUCUGCCGAGCAGCGCUGCAGCAGGCGUUGGCGUGGCAGCGGCGCGACCGUGAAGGCUUAGCGAAGGCCUUGACGGUCUUAGAUGUUGUCGUGGAGAACCUGGGUAUGGAGCUGGAGCAGGUGCCUGUUCCCUUGGAGCUGCUGCUCGAUGUGCUCGAGCUGCCCGGCAACAAGUUGCAGGAGGAACUGAUUGCCGAGCUCCAGAGGCGUGUUGCGGCAUCGCUGCAGGGUAACGAACCGUUGGUUCCAAUUGAAACAGCUGUUGCGCUCGCGUGUGGCCGCCGUUUAGUACCUUGUCCCAAAGAUUCCGAGCUUUGGGGUGGGCUGGUAGAAUCCAUUGCUCUCCAGCUGACCUCGAAGCGACAGGUGGACAUUUUCGAUGACUGCCGGCCCAGAGAAGACCUUUGGAAUGCCGUCAGCCAGCUCAAGGUAGGUACAUGGCAGUCUUUGGAACUACAGAUUCGAAGACCCUCGGCUAACUUGAGUCGCUCACUUUACGAUGCAGACAAGCGAAUCGAGUCGGCCCGGCUCUACGGAGACGUGGCAUCGUACCAGUACUACUAUGUCGACUUGCUUGUUGGCACUCCAGUGCCGCAGCGGACGUCCGUCAUUGCGGACACAGGAAGUACCAUCUGUGCAUUUACCUGCACUGGCUGCAGCAUGUGCGGCCAACAUCUGGACGCAAACUUCGACUUCUCGAAGUCGAAGACGGCGGAGUGGGUCAAGUGCAGUCGCCGAGCCUGUGACUCGUGCAGGAUGAACUACUGCGCCUACCGACAAAGCUACACCGAGGGCAGCUCAAUUGAAGGUUACCGCUUCACGGAUUAUGUGUCUCUCGGUGAUGAAUUCCAGCAGAAUCCCCCCGUCAAGGUGCAGAUGGGGUGUCACAGCCGUGAGACGAAGCUCUUUGUUACCCAGAAGGCCAAUGGAAUCUUUGGCCUGGCCCCAUCUAAAGACAGGAUGACCACGAUCCUGAUGAAUAUCUUCAAGGACAAGGCCCAUGUGAAUGCUGCGGUGUUCGCCAUGUGCUUAUCCUCCCAGGGAGGUCUCUUGACUGUGGGUGGCUUCAAUGAAUCUCUGAACACGGCGACGGUGCAGUGGGUCCCUCUCACUUUGCACGGUUUCUACAGUGUUUCCCUUUUGAAGAUGAUCAUCGAAGGGCCCGGAGGCUCUGAGCUUUCAGGCGGCUUUGGACACACUAUCGUGGAUUCGGGCACGACGUACACAUACCUCCCAGACGGGCUGUACCGUCAGCUGAAAGAAACGGUCAAAUCCUACUGCAAGCAGCACAGCGGAUGUGCUGCCCAGGGGACCAGUGGCACGUGCUGGACAGUUCCAGGAGGGUCUUUGUCGUCAUUUCCACCGAUCCGGGUGGUCUUCCAGAGCGGUGUGUCAACGAGCUGGUACCCAAGUUCUUACCUCUAUCGUCGCAGUGGCGAGCUGUACUGCCUGGGCUUCGAAAGCAACGGAGCUGCGCGGCAAACAGUCCUUGGCGCGACAUGGAUGAUCGGCCGAAACGUCAUCUUCGACACGGAGAGCCCCAAACUUGGCCUCGCAGAUGCCAGUUGCCCGAGUUUCGUUGAGCGGCCGCCCGGCCCAACGAAAACCGUCUUGCUGGGCGGAUCCUCGAGCCCAACAGGCUCGCAAGCCACCUACAAAGACCACCGUUUUCGGCCGCCUAUUGCGAUCCCCGAUAUCACAGCAGCCACGCUGUUCAUGCUGACAGCUUUCAUGCUGAUGACGCUGGGUCUUUGCUUGGUGAUGCGGAACCUUUUGCGAGCCCACAGUGCACUGCACCGUGCUCCUGCCAUGGCAUCGCCUGCCUCGGGCCGGCGGAGUCUUCGUGCAAGGAAGCUGGGGCGGUCCAGCCCUGCACAUGACGAGGAGGAGAUGCAAAGUCUCGCCUCCAGCCCUCAGGCACAGUCAGACGGAGAGUGGCCAUCCAGUCCCGUGGAAGGCACACGGAUACCCGUGGAGACAUGGCUUCGAAAUCACGAAGCCGAUGAAAGAAGUGGAGAUUCCGCCACCGCCGGGUCGGGCUCGGACGUCUUCUCUGAAGGACCUUUGCCGCAUCAUGGUCUGCCUUCAACCGACAUGGUCUUCCGGUUUCCUCCUUUCAGAGUCCUGCUGCAGGUAGCUUCACUUGCUUGCUGUGCACUUGACUAA